CGUGUUUGUGUCAGUGAUUUCAUUUCAUAAUUCAUAGAUUAACAUCACGGGUCUUAGUUUGAAGAAGAAUACAACAACGUAAACUUAAAAGUAAAAAGUGAAAAAUGUUUCCGAUGCAACUAUGAGGUCUACAAUUUCUACGUAACUCGGAUUUUAAGUCCUAUACGGAAACACGACGUAUCUACAUUUACAUCUGGAUAUUGAAGAUACGUGCCUAAAACUUGCGCAGUAAGUUUAUAUUAACUCCUGGUGUAGUAAGUAUACUGUGCUAAAAAUGGCCAAUCCAAACCGUGAAAGUGUCAGCACCAGAUUCUCCGAUAAUUAUGAUUUAAAAGAAGAAUUGGGUAAAGGAGCGUUCUCCAUUGUGCGACGAGCAGUACAAAAGUCGACUGGUUUUGAGUUUGCGGCAAAAAUAAUCAACACUAAAAAACUUUCGGCUAGAGACUUCCAGAAGUUGGAAAGGGAGGCGCGAAUUUGCCGAAAACUUCAACACCCUAACAUUGUAAGACUUCAUGAUUCUAUUCAAGAGGAGCAUUUUCACUACCUUGUCUUCGACCUAGUAACAGGCGGGGAACUGUUUGAAGAUAUAGUUGCCAGAGAAUUUUACUCUGAGGCUGAUGCUUCUCACUGUAUACAACAAAUUCUUGAAUCUGUUCACCAUUGCCACCAUAACGGAGUAGUGCAUAGAGACUUAAAGCCUGAAAAUCUUUUACUAGCCAGCAAAGCUAAAGGCGCUGCUGUUAAAUUGGCCGAUUUUGGAUUGGCUAUUGAAGUGCAAGGCGACCAACAGGCGUGGUUUGGUUUUGCUGGUACUCCAGGCUAUUUAUCACCUGAAGUACUUAAAAAAGAGCCAUAUGGGAAACCAGUUGAUAUCUGGGCCUGCGGCGUGAUUUUAUACAUUCUGCUUGUGGGCUAUCCUCCAUUUUGGGAUGAAGAUCAGCACCGACUGUAUGGACAAAUUAAGGCUGGUGCGUACGAUUAUCCUUCUCCAGAAUGGGAUACAGUGACACCCGAAGCAAAGAGCUUGAUUAACCAGAUGUUAACUGUUAAUCCUAGCAAGAGGAUAACGGCAUCUGAAGCUUUGAAGCACCCAUGGAUCUGCCACCGAGAACGUGUUGCAUCUGUUAUGCACAGGCAAGAAACUGUGGACUGCUUGAAGAAAUUCAACGCACGCCGCAAACUCAAAGGUGCCAUUCUGACUACCAUGCUGGCGACACGCAACUUCUCCGGGAAAUCUAUGGUAAACAAGAAAGGAGAUGGAUCGCAAGUCAAGGAAUCGACCGACAGCAGUACAACACUGGAAGAUGAUGACUUGGACAAAGAUAAGAAGGGUGUAGAUAGAGCGUGUACAGUUAUUUCCAAAGAACAUGAUGAAGAAGCUUUGACAAAAGCGGAUUCGUUUGGAAAAGCUCGUGGCGAUAGCAACGCUUCGUUGCGUCGGGCGGAAGUAAUCAAAGUUACUGAAGUACUCAUAGAUGCAAUUAAUAAUGGUGAUUACGAUACCUAUUCCAAACUAUGCGACCCGAACGUGACAGCGUUCGAUCCUGAUGCUCUAGGAAACCUAGUCGAAGGCGUUGAAUUUCAUAAGUUCUUCAUUGAUAAUACGCCCACUCAUGUGAAAACGAAUACUACGAUUCUAAAUCCCAGAGUACAUCUGCUCGGAGAUGAUGUAGCUAUCAUUGCUUACGUAUGCGUAACGCAAAGUGUGGACGCUGAAGGCCGACGAGCUACACAGCAGUCACAAGAGACACGUAUAUGGCACAAACGCCACAACAAGUGGACAGCAAUACAUUUCCAUCGCUCCUAACUAGUCCCUUCGAAAAUCUUCUAUACGCCAGAGGAUAAUGGUCUCGCAAUCCAGAUUAUCACUAAAGGUAAUUCCGUUGCAUAAAUUAUAACAAUCAAAGUAUUGAAUGAGAUCACGUUAUGUAUCCUCUUUGUCGUAUAAUAUGAAAUUUACUAUCCAAUUCUGCUAUAAAACUUACACGAAUUUUAUUAGAAUUCUUUGUAAUCCCAAAAAAUUAAGUUAAUUACUUAUAGGUAAAUGUUAUUGACAUCAGUGUAAGCGAUUCGGAAGAUAAUUCUUAUCCGUUAAAGUCACUUUAUAAAAAUUCUAUAAAAUUUACGAUGUGGCUAAAAUGUGAUACCGUUAAAUUCAAUGCUUUGUGCUAGUUAUAGUAGUGUACAAAAAUUCUGAUCUCUGACAAAAUCGAAGAUAUGUCAACGAAUAUCGAGCAAAAUGUUGUUAAUCAACAAUCUAAAUGAAAUCUCAACAAAACAACAGAUCUGAUACUAAUGAAUCUAUAUUAUAAGUAAAUCAGCAAAAAUUUUCAAGAUUUAGAAUUAUUAGCACAUUUCUCAGUAAGUCUCUCUACAUUUUUAACUAUGAAUGUUUUGUCGUGCUUAAAAAUGGUGUUCUAUUUGUUAUCAAAUACCUAGUUAAUAAGAUUUAAGUAACUAAUAAAUAAUGCAGUUAUUGGCACUAUGCACUUAGAAAUAUCUAAAAAGUGAGGACAAGUAGUGUUAAAUUAAUCUUUCAUCUCUUUGUAGAAAAACAUGUUGCUUUACUGUUUUUUAAACUAAUUAAAACCUACUUAUGUAUUAGCUAGUGCAGAAUCGAUGUACCUACAUAUUAUAUUUUAAGUGGAUUAUAUCAAUUUCGUCAAUUUUAGAUUUUAAUAUUAAACAUUAUUCUGACAUUAUUCUGCUUUGGCAUUCACCACUAGUCUUCAGCAUUAGUGAAAUAGAAUAUGAUUUUAUUUCGAAUUGAUUGUUUGCCGUACGUAUUAGUUCUGUACCUGAUUGACAAAACAUUUUUUAUUUGAAAUAGCUUAGAAUUUUUAAGUGAUAACUGUGCAAGAGAAUGGUCUGUUUGUUGGUAUUUGUAUUAACUAAGAGGAGCUUUGUCACCAGUGAUAUUAAUGUAAUGAAUGUAAAGUGUUUUUUGCACAGUUUCACUUAUGAAACGAGCUUUAACUAUUGGAUCUAUUACUGUAAGUCACCCGUAAAUUCAGUAUUUCCUAUAAUAUACCUAGAUAUAAAUGACAUUUAUCCAUGUUUUUUACAAUUUUAUAAUAUAUUUUAGUAUAGUUAGCAAAACUUAAUUUAUAAACGUCAAGUGGGUUGGAAUUGUAAUAUUAAGAAAAAUAUCUACACAGGAUAAGUGAUCAAGCUAUCAUGUUGAUAUUUUCACUGUAUACAGAGUACAUAGUUGUGCCAUUAUCAUUGAAAUUAGUGCCAAUAACUGUAAUAACUAAAAUGUAUUCUAGUCUUUAUUGUUACCUACGCAUAUUUAGUAAAUAAUCAACGUUUUAAAAUUAAUUUUGAACAUAUAUAUUAUAUACAUUACAUACAUAGGUACAUAAACUUACAUUGUGUACAUAGAUAUUGAUUUGCACAUUGCAUGUUUCAAAGUGUCGUCUUUGUCAUUAGCUAAGUAAAAUAUUUUCUUUGAAAGUAUUUAAUGAGGGUUUGUUAUCUAGAUCAUGUUAAAUUUAUUUGAUAAUUUACUUCUACGUAAAUAGUGGUAAAAAUCUCCAGUAUGUACUGUUAUAAGACUAGAACUCGCUCACGGAGCUUGGUGGACCCCAGAAGGCAUAAAUAGAUAUAGAAAGAACAGUUGUGCCGAUCCAACGUUGGAAAUACACACACAUAGGCAUAACACAGCUCGUUAGUUUUUUAAGCUCGGUUUGUAAACAUCACACGGUAUUUUACUAUGUUACUUUAAGAUUUUUUUUUAAUAAUUAUAUUUUUAUGUUUUGUAGUAGCCUAACAGCUAACAUAUUAUAGAAAAUCACAUUGUUUUCUUAUUUAUUGAGUACCUACAGCUGAAAGUUUGCAGUGGGAUAUAGUAAACUUAAUUCCAAAUAAGACCUUUGGGUAUCCAAAUUAUUACCAAAUAAACUUUUAAAGUAUUAAUAUUAAUAAAUCAGACACCAAUAUAAACUGUAUUAAAUUAUUUUAUUAAAUAGAAUAAUAUGUUACAUUUCAAUGAAAUACGAUAUUUACUAUUAAACUGUUAAAUUGUUGUCAGAAUUUAAUCAAGGUGGAAAUAGGAUGUAAAAUACCUAAUGCAGUAUGAGAUGCACAAAUCAUGGUUAUCUUCCAGUAUAUUUCACAAAUCUCUUGAGGACAAGAAUAUUUUAAGUAUUUAUGUAUAUGUUUAGUCUUCCCUGGACAGUGCUCCAAUAAGACACCAACUUAGAGGGAUACCUAUUCCCAGCUACUAUCAGCUUAAAUUUAAUAGUUUAUCUAUUUCGAAAAUUAAUCUGCUCUCCGCAAAUUGUUAUAAUGCACAUUUACCUGUUUGCAUGCAUUUAUCUCACUGGCUUUUACAUUUAGGGGGGCUUUUAAAAUGACAUUAACUUUUUCCAUUGGCGGCUUUUUAUUAUUACAUUUACAAUACUUAUACAUAAUAUAUAUCAUAAUAAUAUAAUAAUAAUAAAUUAUUUACAUUAAAGAUGUACUUAAAAUUGAUGAUCCAUGUGACCAUUUGUUACAAUAAAGAAGAGUAGGUACUUUCCAGCAUAAUAACCGAAGCUUGUUUCAAAUUGGUUUCAUGUUAAUAAAAGUAAGAACAUACUAUGGGUGCAUUGCAAUAUGGGUACAUUUUUUAAUAUACUAGAUAUAAAUCGUUUUUGUGUCAUAAUUUUCAAUUAAUAAUUACUUGUGUAGAAAAUUUGCUGAUAAUCCUCAAUAGAAUAACAUUAUCAUCUAUUCAGCUAGAAUUGUGUUUGAUAAAUAUUUUGAAGCCAAACAUUAUAAUAUGUAGGGCUAAGUCAGCAUUGUAUUAAAAUUAUUGUUUUAAUUAAGGACAUAAACAGUGUUUUUAGUCGAAAUUCCGGAAAGUGCACCCUUGCCUAGAUGUGGUUGAGAUUAUUUUAUGUUUAUAGUUAGAUAUAUUACCAAAGUAUUUUGUAUUUUAAUGCACUACUUACGAAAUUAAUUUGGGAUUUGCUCUUUUUUAUUGUGAUGGCUAAGUUUGUGGUAGAAUAAUUUCCAAUUGUGGAAGUGUAGGUGUAUUAAUGAAUUGUCAGUAUAUUUGUAUUCAACAUAAUUUCUUGGACCUCUGCAUUGCCGAUUAUCAUGUAAAAUUCUCUAAAAUAAAGUUCUUUUGAUCUACAAUAA